AACACUGUCGGUAACAAUAAAAUAAUGUACUAUCGACAAUGACUAUGUUAUUACUGGGUACCAAUAUAUGUUUAUAUUUUCAGAUGGAAAAAAUUGUGGAAAAAAUGCAAGAUGAAACAACUGGUGUGCCAGUACGCACAGUUAAGAGUUUUAUGUCAAAAAUUCCGUCAGUGUUUACCGGUUCCGAUUUGAUAAUGUGGAUGAUGAAAAAUCUGGAUGUAGACGAUCAUCAGGAAGCAUUGCAUUCUGCUCAUUUGAUGGCAUCUCACGGUUAUUUUUUUCCUAUAGAUGAUCAUAUGCUGACAGUUAAAAAUGACGGUACUUUUUAUCGAUUUCAAACUCCAUACUUUUGGCCAUCGAAUUGUUGGGAACCUGAAAAUACAGAUUAUGCUGUAUAUCUUUGUAAGAGGACAAUGCAAAAUAAAACAAGAUUGGAGCUAGCUGAUUAUGAAGCUGAAAAUCUUGCGAGGUUGCAAAAAGUGUUUUCAAGAAAAUGGGAGUUUAUUUUUAUGCAAGCUGAAGCUCAAAGCAAAGUUGAUAAGAAACGAGAUAAACUUGAGAGGAAGGUUUUGGAUAGUCAGGAGAGAGCCUUUUGGGACGUUCAUAGGCCAAUG